AAUGAUGGAGACGGCUGCAGAUUCUACUUCUAAUGAAGAUAAUGGAUAUAUGAACCGUGUGUUCAUAGGUAGCUUACGAAAAUCGAUAAUGGAGGAACAUGUCAGGGGGUUCCUCAAGAGUAAAGGCUACAACGUCGAGGAUGUGAAGAUUAUACGAGAUGUGAACGGACAGAGUAAAGGAUACGGGUUUGUGGAUCUGGAUAGAAGUGCACGAGGGGAGCUUCAAGCUAAUCAUCUUCUUAAUCAGUACAGAAUGUGGUAUGAUAUAAACAUUAAAGAAGGGUUCUUUGUUGUAUUCAAGUCAGCCUACCGGAAAACCAAAGCCCAUCCGGUACAAGUUGUGAAGGAGAUCUCCACCAACGAGAUUUUUCAAGAGUCUUUUACCAUUUACCAGACCGAUGAAGCAAAGGAUGAACUACACCAGAACGUCCCUAGUGUAGGGAUUCAAAAGAAACCACCGCAGACUCCGCCCACUCUCCAACCAGUACCUCACUACUUGAACCCGAUGUAUUAUCAGCAAUACCAAUACCAUCUAUCUGAAUACUAUCAAUUUGAACAACCUGUGUUUUGUAUGUACAACUAUAAUCGAAACGCUGGAGCUUAAAUAUGGAGUUUGAAUUUUGAAUUUCGUCGCCGACUUGAGAAAGCAACCCGAUGUAACUUGAAAAUUUUUACAUCUCUGGCCCAA